AACAAAUAGGAUUAGGAGGGACUUGAUGACUUAGUCCAAUAGAAGGCAAGGGAAAAGAGUUGCGGCAAAGAGCAAUGCGUUCGCGAACAUUUGCCCAAUUGGGUUGAGGCGCUCUCACUCAAACCUGGGACUGGCUGUUAAUAGCCGCGACCGCAGACCUUUGGGCGGGGCAGGUUCAAAGCGGAUUUCGCGCGUUGAGAGCGCCUGACUGUCAUUGGCCAGCGACUUCCUCCCUUUGUGGGUGCUCCCUGCGUCGCGGAAGUUGGGAGUUGGGCGGAGCCUCCGAGUGACGCGGUGGCCUCCACAGCCAAUCAGGCAUGGGGAAGGGAGGCCGAGAAGGAAGCGGAUCUGCAGCCGCGCAGCUAAACAGCAACCAGCUACCCGCUUCGUCUCCCUCCGCCGCUAUCGGGGCCUAAGCGGCAGCGGCUGGCACAGCGUCACUGGGUGGGCUGGGGCGGAAGUGGAGGCGGAGGGAGACGGUGGCGCCGUCCGUGGAGCCCUGGGCUCUCACGGCGAGGCUCUGUGGUGGGCGCGAGGCAGGGGGAGGGGGGGAGGAGGAGGAGGAGGAGGAGCCGGAGCCCGCGGCCCGGGCGGUGGCAGCGGCUCUCGAGUUCUCCGUAGGGCCCCGCCUCGGAGCGGGCGGUGGCGGAGGAGGAGACUGAGGAGCAGGAUGGCGGCCUCGGCCCUGUACGCUUGCACCAAGUGUACCCAGCGCUAUCCCUUCGAGGAGCUCUCCCAGGGCCAGCAGCUCUGCAAGGAAUGUCGGAUUGCACAUCCUAUUGUAAAAUGUACUUACUGCAGAUCAGAAUUUCAGCAAGAGAGCAAAACUAACACAAUUUGUAAGAAGUGUGCUCAAAAUGUGAAGCAAUUUGGGACGCCCAAGCCUUGUCAGUACUGUAAUAUAAUUGCAGCAUUUAUUGGUACCAAGUGUCAGCGUUGCACAAAUUCAGAAAAAAAAUAUGGACCACCUCAGACCUGUGAACAGUGCAAACAACAAUGUGCUUUUGAUCGGAAGGAGGAAGGAAGAAGAAAGGUUGACGGAAAGUUAUUAUGCUGGCUCUGUACUUUAUCAUACAAAAGAGUUUUACAGAAGACGAAAGAACAAAGGAAGAGCCUGGGAUCAUCACAUUCAAAUUCAUCUUCUUCAUCUCUUACUGAGAAAGACCAGCAUCAUCCAAAACAUCAUCACCACCAUCAUCACCAUCACCAUCGUCACAGCAGUAGCCAUCACAAAAUCAGCAAUCUAAGUCCAGAACAAGAGCAGGGACUGUGGAAACAGAGCCAUAAAUCCUCUGCAGCAAUUCAGAAUGAAACUCCAAAGAAAAAGCCCAAAUUGGAAUCUAAGCCAUCUAAUGGAGAUAGUAGCUCUAUAAAUCAGUCAGCAGAUAGUGGGGGAACAGACAAUUUUGUCCUUAUAAGUCAACUGAAAGAAGAAGUGAUGUCACUUAAGCGUCUCUUACAGCAGAGAGACCAGACCAUUUUAGAAAAAGAUAAAAAGUUAACUGAACUAAAGGCAGACUUUCAGUACCAAGAGUCAAAUUUGAGAACAAAAAUGAACAGUAUGGAAAAAGCUCACAAAGAAACUGUGGAACAACUUCAGGCCAAAAACAGAGAACUACUCAAACAGGUUGCAGCAUUGUCAAAGGGUAAAAAAUUUGACAAAAGUGGAAGCAUACUAACAUCUCCUUGAGAAAGUAAUUUGUUUAGCAUUUCUUCUUACAAUGUAAAUUUGGGGAAAAAAAAUUCUGUGAAGCCCUAAAUUCUGUGUAGUAGAAAAAUAUUUUUGCACACCAAAUGAAUUGGUGUGUUUUCUAUUCACUUUUGUAAUUGAUAUACAGCAUUUUUUAAGUUGUAAAACAUUCAAAUAAAACUUCAACUGGUUUGAAGUAACUUUUUAAUUAUUUGAUAUCCAGGAACUUUUUUGCCAGCAAUAGUAUUAAACAGUUGUAAAGGAGUGCAUGAGUAGUGCUCUUUAUAAAACGAAACAUGCAAUAAUAGAGUAGGUAUGGUUUAAGAAGUCAGAGCAGCAGGGUUUUUUUUGUUCUGUUUUUUUGUUUUACACCAUGCUAAUUUCAGACAAACAGUUUUCAAUUUAGAAAUACAAAAACUUUUAAACUCGACAAAUGGUGAACACUGGUUUUUUGGAAAUUGUGUUUUUACUUUGCAUCAACAUGAAUUUAAGAGAAAAUCAUGGUGCUUUUAUUAAAUGAACUUCAAAUAUAUGUAAAUUUGUUUUUUAAAAUUAUAUCAUUAACGUUAGUAACCUAGCAUUUUCAUUAUUGGUGUAGGAAGUAAUGUUUAUUGUACAGUAUCUAAGGUAAAAUGUGUUUCUGUUUUGUAAAAACUGUAGAUUUUUACUUACAAGUGCCUUUUUGCCACCUAAUGUUUUUAUUUAUAGGAAUGCUGAUCUUUUGUACAUAGAGUUUGUUUUAAAAUCAUGUUUAAUAAAUGUUUGUAUAUAAAUGCAUAUGUACAGAAGCCUAUUUCAAAAGGAAAUCAAAAUUGCUAGUAAAAUGUUUGAGAUUGCAUUAAGAACUAACUGAUAAUGCAUAUAGACUUUAGAAAAUUUUGUGAUUUGUUUCUGUGUGAUAAGGGAAGCUGUUAGUCUUUGAAUUCAUUUAUAUCAAAAUGGUUCCUCAAAGAUUUAAUUUUAAAUUGCUUCUUAAAGAGUAAUUUUAUUUUUUAUGUCAUAUGGCUUCAGAUUUUGUGAGUUACAUGUUUUGCUUUAUUAUUUUUUAUAAAAUUUCUUUAUAAUUUUAAUGUUUCUACAAUGAACCAUAUAUCUUCUUUCCCUGUGUGUGAUUAUCUAAGUUAAUAUUUAUGUACACCAUACUUAAUUUAAAGCAAAUCUGAAAAAAAUUAACCGUUUAAUCCAAUCUGUGAUAAUCUUUGAAUAAAUUGGAAUCUACUAUGAGAUUCAGGAACUAUAAGUAAAUUGUCUCAAAGUCUUUAAAAUUGUCUAUAAAAGGUUAAGGUAGGGUGGGAUAGGUUAUGUGAAGUUAUUGACUAAUUAUAUUCUGAUCCAGUGGUUUUCAGCUUGCAAUGGAAUUUAUCUCCUAGUUAUUAUCAGUUCCGCAUUUUAGUUUGAUUUUAGUAUUGUUGGAUACACUGUGUAGAGUGAAAGAGUUGCUUCUUUUAGGAAUUUAUGGGCAAAGAUAAAUUUACUUCAUAUAAACUGUUACUUAUAUCAGUUUUAAAGGUUUUUAUACAAGCAUUGAUUAUGAAUAGCAUAUCAAAGAUUGGCUUUCUUAACACGAUGGUAACAGUUUUUUUUAACAUGGCAUGUUUCAGUAAACUUUUCUUAUAGUUCAUUAUAAAGUGAUACCAAAUAAUUCUUUGUUCACUUUGAAAGCAUAAUAUAGGGUGAUUUUCAAGUGGUAGAAAAAGAUUCAGUCAGAAUCUUGUAAACUAAACAGUUUAUUUUUAUGGGAUCCUCACGUAAUAAUAAUCUUAAAUUUAGUACUCUCAAACAUGAUAGACAAUGCCUUAACAUGAAUUUUAACAUUUGCAGGAUUUGCUAAAUUCAUAAAAUAGUUAUUACCUUUCUUUGAAAUUUGUAAUGUGUUAUAUUCCUGUUUCAUAGCCAUUUGUCAAUCCACAGUGGUUAUUAUGGUUUUGCUUUGUGAUAGUUCUUAUACCUUGUUGGAGAAUCUAUAAAAGAAAGUUGUCCUUCUCCUUAGCUAACAUUAAAAUUAAAAAUAGUUUAAUGUUAGCUAAUAUUAAAAUUGAAGGCAGUUGAGUUUUAAUGUUACCUAACAUUAACAGUCUAAUAAUUUAGCUUUGUAAAUUCCAAGGCUAAAAACCUUUCAUGGGCUUCACAGUAUUUAGUCCUAAUUAAAUACCCUCUCUUAUUCUAUGACCUUAUAACUUAAAUUUUUUGCAAUUGUAUAAACUAGUAAAUCAGUCCCAGUCCUGGAUCUGUAGUGUUUUGACAUGAGAAACUCAUAUUCUUUAAAUGUGGACCUGUAAGAGAUAAUAUUGUGUGGUGUAUUGUGCUUUUAGCCUGUUUUCCACUAUUAAUUAGCAUUAACCAGUGAGGGUCAUUUUGGCUCAAGUUAUUUAUGUAUUAAUAGCCUGUGAAUAUUACAGUCCUUUUUAGAUUAUAUUGGUCUAAAUAAGCAUUCUGCAGUGAACCUGUUAAGCUGUUCACAUGUAUAGACUAUUGAAAUACUGUACUUGUACACAUCUGACUGUUGACAUUUUGUACUUUUUUCUAGAUCCAGUAUUUCACAAUAAAAAUUUGUCAAAGGCUU